GCUUGGUGGGGAGUUGGUUCCCUAUUAUUCCAUUUUCGAUUUUAUUGACACAUGUUUGCCGAAGACUAUGACGAUCAAAAGACAACUCCUAGUUAUGCCAAACGUUGGAUAUGUAUUUAUCCUGUAUAUAUAGAUGCCUCUUGUUCUUUGUUUCAAGGUAGAAAGAUUUCCAAACACUUAUGUUCCGACACUCCUAGUGCAGAAGAAAUUGCCAAAAGUUGUGAACAGCUUGGCUUUGAAACUCUCUUAGAGUCUGAUAAGAAACAUCCGAGAGAUAAUUUUCGAAAAGGACGUAUUCGAGUUCAUUUAUUUAAUGAACAACACAAGUCGUUGGUCUCGGUGAUAGAAACAAGUUGGAAAGCAACUUUUGACAAAGGUUUCUCAGUGUAUCCUAGAACAACGUUUGAAGCACGGUUAUAAAGGAAACAAAACGACUAUGGAUGAUAAGACGGGACAGAAAGGAAAGAAUAGAGCAAAACGAUCAUAAGAAUAUCUUUUCUUUCUAUGGAAUCAAAAUUUUAUUUUUUCUGGACAUUGGAAUAAACCUUCAUGAUGAUCAGGAGACUUGUGUUUAUCUCAAGUGGUUACUAUGUUCGUUUCCUAUCCUUCAAGUUUACUCCUUUGUUCAAUUCCAAACCACAUUGUUUAAAAACUUGUUUAU